UGAAAUGUCAGGAUGUUGUGAUAAUUUAAGCUUUCAAAUAUGAUUUAUGAAAUAUGAGACUGACUUAGUUUGAUACAUUUAUAAUAUUUUACGCGAACUGCUUGUAUAGUGAGCUUUAUCAGGAGUCAAAGUUUGUCGGCCAGUCGUGUAACUUAGGUGGUCGAUUAAAUUAAGCUAAAGCAGCCGGCCAGUAAAACGGUUAAGUUUAUCCUCUAUAUUUCACUAAAAAAAGGAGCUAUUUAGCGAUUUAAAAAACAGGUUUCUCUUUUUGUUCCAGGUAGGUUUUAACCUGACAGUAGUGCUCACCGGCACAUUCAAAGUAGUCAGUCGACUUCAUUUGCCUUGAUUAAAUACUGUUUUACAUAUGUUCCCAUGAAAUUAUUCUUUUUCUAUGCUUUUUUGAGUUUUUAGUCUGUUGUCACUCGUCCCAUGUGGCGGCUCUGCUGCUGUUGCCGUGCAGCACGUGGUGGACUAAUCUAAUCCUCUCGUCUGCUUGUAACCCACUCUGAUCAUUGUUCAAAGGCCGCUUUCCAGACGGAAAUUUUUAACUUUGGCAGUCCGGCAGUACAGUAAUGUUCAGGGGUGAAUCUCUGUCAGCAAAGAAAUUUGGGACAUGUGAAGAUUAGACUCCUUUCCCAGCGGUUUUGUAGCUACCUAUUCGAUGGAUGGGAAGCAGUACGGGGUGAAUACGAUGGAGACCACUGGUGUGUGUAGAAUAGAGGCAGGCACACGUGGACUUGUAGAGGGCAGCAGUUCCCCUUCCUCCCAGGAUCACCUUGAGGAGUUUGAGGGUCUGGUAAACACCUGCUGCAGUGAAGAGGUGCGAGGGGAGACACCUGGGAGAGAAGAUUGUCAAAUUGACCCCCUUGAAGGAGAACUGGACCCAAGCGGUGAACAGAACAAGGAGCAAAACAUGUUUGGGAAAGAAGUCUUGCUACUGAUGCAAGCCCUUCACACCUUAGCCACUCCUGAGGAGAAACUUGCUGCUCUUUGCAAGAAGUAUGCUGACCUGCUGGAAGAGAGUCGCAAUAUGCAGAAGCAAGUGAAGGUGCUGCAGAAGAAGCAGACGCAGGUCCUCAAAGAGAAGAUUCAUUUGCAAAGUGAACACAGCAAAGCCAUUCUUGCUCGCAGCAAGCUAGAAAGCCUUUGCAGGGAGCUACAACGGCACAACAAGACCCUGAAGGAGGAAAACGCCCAGAGAUUCAGAGAAUAUGAGGAGAGGCGCAAAGAGGCUACGCUUCACUUUCAGAUGACGCUGAAUGAGAUUGAAGCGCAGAUGGAGCGGCACAACACUCACAACACCAAGUUGAGGCAGGAAAAUAUGGAGCUGGCAGAGAAACUCAAGAAACUUAUUGAGCAGUAUGAACUGAGGGAGGAGCACAUUGACAAGGUGUUCAAGCACAAGGAGCUUCAGCAACAGCUGGUUGAUGCAAAACUCCAGAGGACAGCUGAGUUGAUGAGAGAAGUCGAGGAGAAGCAGCAGCGAGAGAGAGAAUUUCUUCUGAAAGAUGCGACAGAAUCAAGACAUAAAUGUGAGCUGAUGAAGGAGCAGGAGCUUCAGCUGAAACAGCAGCUUACUCUUUAUAUGGACAAAUUUGAAGAGUUCCAGACAACCCUUGCCAAGAGCAAUGAAGUGUUCACCUCUUUCAGACAAGAAAUGGAGAAGAUGACCAAGAAAAUCAAGAAGUUGGAGAAGGAGACGACUCUUUGGAGGACCAAGUGGGAGACCAACAACCAGACCUUACUGCAGAUGGCUGAGGAGAAAACUGUGCGGGACAAAAAUUACAAAGCCCUUCAAGGUAAACUGGAGCGUCUGGAGAAACUGUGCAGAGCCUUGCAGAGGGAGCGCAACGACCUCAAUCAGAAAUUAGGAGCCCUUCAGGGUCCGGCAAAGAAUCCUGAAGAAGAGGGGACGGGGCCUCCUGACCCCCAGCCAGUGGAGACCUUCAGUCAGUCCCCAAAUGGGGGGAUGGAUGGAGAGGUAGAAGGAGAGAUGGAAUGUUUGGUUCCUGAAACGGAGAGGCUGGGAUUGCAGCCAGAGGAAGAGCCAACCACAAAACAGCUUGAUGAUGACUGAGGCACCCAUUUAUAUUUUUUUGUUUGUUUGUUGUUUUCCUUUUUUUUGUGGAGGUAUAUAUUUUUGUGUAAUAAUUAAGACUAAAAAACACACAUGUAUGAAAACUGCUCUGUACAUUGGUGAUUGGCUUUGUGAUGAGCACUUUUUACUCGCAUUUUUCUACCACACCUGUAUUUUCUUAGGAGAUGGUCAUGUGGUCCAAGGCGGCUACAGCUUUAGUGUUCCAUGCUUAAUUCGUUUUUGAUUUCCCCCUCUUGCUGAUCCAUGUUCUGAUUGCAGAUUUGAGUUUUUAUGAUAAUGUAGCUAUUGGAUCUGGCUUCUAGGAUUGAAAGAAAAUUGAUUCAGAUACAUAUAAGGAUAUUGAGAAUUUGACAUAGCCAUGUGUAGUUAACUAACCAACUGUGUCCAAAUAGCAUUGCAAAUACAGGGCAUUCAUAAAAGAGAAAAAGCUUAAGAGAUCUUUAUAGUUGUUGUUGUUGUUGUUGUUGUUGUUAUUGUGAUUCUAAAACCACAGCUGGGCUUUGUAGUCCAUUCUAAGGAAGGUCUCAUGGGUUCGUUCUUCCAUUUCUAAGUCUUAAAAAUACCAUCUUAAUUUCAUAGUUUUUAUUUUCUUCUGAGACUUUAUUGCCUAUAUCUUUUCUUUCAACAUGGUAUUGUUGGAAUUAAGGGCUAGUUUGACUUUUAUCAAGGCUGCUAUUAACAGAUUAUGUGAAAUGUUGGGACUACUUUGACACAGUUUCAAAGCUGUAGUUCCUGCAGGACGAUUUUUGAAUGUGGCUGCAGUUAGACUUUUUCCAAAGCAGUUAAAAGCACUUAAGGACCGGCAUUUUUAAUGGUUUAUGGAAUUAUUCUUUGAGAAUACUUCCACUAAAUACUGUUAAGAAUUCUUUAUUUUGGAAAAACAAUGCAGCAAUUUAGCAGAACUCUUGGGUAAAAAGUUUUUGUGUUUCAAGUUACAGUAAACAGAGAUUUCCUAUAAAACUCAACAAAUCUGUAGUAGGUAUAGAAAACUACAUGGUAGGAACAAGUCAAGGGUCACAGUGGUUUGUAAACUGGCCAUGGAAUAACUGCUUAUUUACAGAAGUCGAAGCAACACUGGAAAUUAGACAUUCUAGUGUUGUGUUUAGUAGGUUUUUAGCAUACCAUUAAACCUACCUAGAUUGACGCAAUUCAUUCUAAAUUUAAAACAGUUUUUUAACCUGAAACAUAGUACAUGUAAUAAGUACAAAAUAGUCUCUUAACCAAUGUUUUUUUUUGUUUGUUUUUGUUUUUGGACCAUGGUCAGUCCAUCAAGUGAAACAGGGAAACACUUUUUUUCCAUGCAGUGGCAAAAACGUAAUGAUUGAAUUUAGUUGACUUUGGCCCUGAUGACUUGAAAUAAGCAUUUGUUUCACGUUUUCUAAAUUCUUACAUGGUUAAGUAGAAUUUCAUCACUGCAUGCCAUUCGUUACGUUAGUUGGACUUAAACGUUUUCAUUCUGUCGACGAAACCGCACAUACUACCUUUCUGAUAGAUGCAAUGUUAAGUUUUACCAGACUGAUGCACUGCUAACUGGAAGCAAAACUGACUGAAAUUAAUCUAUGUUUAAGUUCAAAAGGGGCCUUGACAACUUUGAUACUUUACUGGAAAUGCUGAAUGUGAUUUCCUUUCUUUUUCCUAACAAUUUAACUAUGUGAUGAACGAGAAUAAAAUGUACUUCAAGCAUUACACUCAAUGCAAAUGCUAACGUUCAGCAGCUGUGGGCAUUGUAGGUGUUGCUGACAAUGUGAAACAGUGUGUAGAGAGCUGAACUGAUGAAUGUAGAAAUGUAUCACCCAUGUUGCCAAUGUCAUGCCUAAUUAUGCAGACUUUAUAAGGCACAUAGCCUUAGAGCCCUCUUCGUAUCUCCUUGCAGGCAUGAACCGGGAAAACAGGGUGUCUGGAACAUGUUCCCUCAGGUCAAUAUAGACCGACCCACAGGUCUGCGCAUGUUCCCUGCUGACCUGCGAUAACGUUCCACGAUUCUUAUUCGACUUAACACAUUCCAGUAUUCUUAUAUUCUUACUGGACUCAAAUUGAAUCCGAUGGUUCCACUGCCAUUACGGCUAAAACGUAGCACAGUGUACAAAGUACAGUUGGCAAAUUUACUGGACCACACCUGGCUUGCUCUGUCAUCAGAUAUGUAUGGGUACAGUAAGACCACAGAUGUCUUAGCUCACUUUAUUAUUGAAUUGGAAAAGUAUAGAAAAAUCAUCUGAAACAAAGAAAAAGCUAACAUGAAACCAUGAAUCAACUGAGGGUAGAUACUCACCAGCCUCAAAUCACACCUUAUGCAGUGCUUCAUACAGCUGUUGUCUGAUCCCAUUGCUUGAAUCAUAAUUUUGAAAUGUGAAUGUUAAUGAUCUUAGAAGGUCGACCAGUGUGACGACUGCUUUCUUUUACAAGUUAAAACUUCACCUUAACCAAUAAUGCAGUGAGACCUCAGCAAUGCUUUUGAAACUCUUUUUCCUCAAGAAAUUUGGAUUGUGUAAACACAGUUCUGUUUCCUUUGAUUGAAAAAACAAUUGUGAUUUGAGUUUUUGGUACUGUUAGUGCUUCUGUUCCUCCUUCUUUGGCAGUGUCCCAGUUUGAUUCUCAGGUUAUGCAAGAAAUCUACCUCUGCAGGUAAGACUAACUGUGAAAGAGGCUAAAGUCAGCAAUGCUUUGAAAAUGCUUUCUCCCUUAACUCAACCUAUGUCCUCUCUGAGAUUGUAUGUUAUUGUAGUCCUGUCUUGCUUUUCAAUAAAAACUGUUUUGUAGAUUUUUCUUUAUUA